AGAAACCCCAAACUUGAUACCCAUUUUCGCGAUCAGCGAGCGUUUGCGGAUCAGGACGGACAAGAAAAGGUCUUUUUCGGAGGGAUGAUGGGUGUCCUCCAGGAGAUUGAUCAGGCCACUUCAUGUGUCCCCAUAACGAAGCCGCUAUCCUUCUUGGACCUCGGAUGUUGUCCGGGGGCGUUUACGACCUACGUGCUCAAGAAUAAUUAUCGGGCUAGAGGCGUUGGCGUAUCUCUUCCCCCCGAAAAUGGUGGACACCUCAGUGGUAUCCGGGAAAAUUACAUGAAACGCUUUCAGCUCAUCUACGCAAACGUCACCUUCUACCAGCUCGGUCCUUCUCCGAUUGCGGAUGAUCGACGCCUCCAGGACCUCCCGAUCCCCCUGCAAUGCUUGGGAGACGACGAUGGAGUUCGAUAUUCGCUGGUACUCCUUGACUGUCAUCACCUUAGGAAACAAGUUGACUACGUAAACUGGGACUAUUAUCGCAUCGUCGUUUCACAGCUGAUCUUGGGUCUCAGUGCCGCGCGAGACGGCGGCACAAUUGUCAUGAAGCUGUCUAAUCCCCAGCGUGAUAUCCCAGCCAAGAUCCUAUACCUGCUCUCCACGCUCUCCACGCGUCUCGUCUUGCAUAAGCCAGCGCGCAUGCACGCAAACCGAGGCACAUUCUACGCUGUUGCCAAGGGUGUGGGCCGCGGUGCCGAAGGUAGCAGGCUUGGCGAGAUAGUCGGUGAACUUAGGAGUCUGUGGGUUGAGCUUACAUAUGGAGGAACCGAAGGGACGGGAAGGUGGAUGACGAGUGAAGAUCUCAAUUUCAUUAUUAAGUCGGAGGACUUGGUUGACGUAUUCGCGGAUCGGCUAAUCAAGCUCGCGAGGAGCGUCUGGGCGACGCAGCUCGAGGGGCUCAAGCGCUUGUUAGCGAAGAAUGAACAUACGUCGGUUACCGAGGAAAAGGCCGAGUCCGAACAUUUGUAG